AUGGCUCGCCGUAGUCCAGACACAGAAAAGAACGCCCGCGGUGAAGCUUGUUUUUUCUCCACCCUUCAUCUCCCUGACCUCAUCACCAAGAUGCUCCCGGGAUUCUUGCAGAGUAGUUACGCCCGCUACAAAGCAGAUACCAAUAAAUUUGCAACAUGGCUACUUCAGACUGCCGACCAAUGUGGCUAUCAACCACCUGCCCUCUCUGCUACCGUUCCGACCGCGAGAAAGGGCAAACGCAAGAACAUAAACAAUGGCUCAGAUGCAGACCCAAUUCAAUAUAGUGCGACUACCAAAGAUCUGCAAAAGCUCGCUGAGGUGGUUGCUGGUUCUGCUUUCGCUGUACCUCAGUCAGUUCUCGCCAUCGCCAAACGUGCCAUCAAAUUGAGAAAAUCAGUCACUUCCUGGUUCUUGGGCCAGGGCGAGUCCAUGAACAACAAACGUCAUGCUCAUUUCAUCACUGCACUGGAACAAAUCUGCGAGGCUCUUGAAUGGAAGACCAACCAAUCCUCGAAGCCAGACGCGAAGCAGCCAUCGCCGACUACUGAGGCCCAGAGUGACGAUGCCGCUGCUGAUAUGUUUCUAAACAAAUUUGCGGUUCUCACGGUCGAGGAACCCCAGGAUACCGCGCAAUCUCAACCGACCCCCGCAGAUUCAAAGAAGAUCGUCAAGGUGGACGUUGUUGAAGAGGACGACAAUGAGGCAGUAGACGACUCAUACCUUGGUCCGUUGUUCUUCAAAACCCUCUGCUUACUUCAAGACUUGAGCAAUAUGCGAACAUUCAUUUCCAUCACCUGGUCGGAGUAUCGUGAUAAUAAAAUCGACCUUAUGAACGCCGCCGUCGUGACUGACAGUGCUCUGCGACUUGCCGAAAAUCUUGUGCAGGAGGUGGAGGCUGAGUGGCGCGAUUCCCUGUCGAGGAACGAGGAUAGUGUCCAGAAUAUUGUUUACAAUCUCGCUGUUUUGACCCGCGGAAUUUCUGCGGCUCCAUCCACUGAGGUUGGCCUGCCAUACAACAAGAACAUGACUGAUCUGGCGGACUGGUGCUAUGUGCCAACUAAGGUCCUGCUUGAGUCUUUCGCAGACGUCCUUCAAGUCAAUCAUCUGCCAGUCUUUAAAAAAGGCUACUUCGGCACCUAUGAUCCAAAAGCAGACAGAGAGCAAAUGUCUCUGGGUCAGAAGUUCAACGAAGACAAAAUCAUCCUUCUUUCGAUUUUGCCAGAGUUUUGCAUGCUUGAUACAUUCAAACUCCAGAUGCCUACUGAGGACGCGAUCACUCGAGGCCUUGUUGAGUUUGCCAAGACUCAAAAGGUUGGUCUGUGGCUCUGCUUCGUCUCCCAGGUAUUCCUCGACGUUCAUCAUAUCAUGCGACACAGUACCUUGGGUGCAUUUGGAGACCUCCGCAUGUCUGGACUUCGCAUCCAGAGGACUAUCGAUGAUUACCUAAAACUGUCUAAAACCCACCCUCCGCCCAAAUUCUGGCCAAAAGAGGGUGACGAGCAGAUUCGAAGUAUAAGGUCAGCCGUCGAGUCAUGGAUCAUACAAGAUCUGUUCCUAGAUAUUCGAGCUCGGUCUAGUCUCGACCGCAUUGGCUCCCCGCCCGAAAAGCAUGCACUCCUCUCGCAGCACGCUAUCCUUUGCGGCUUGUUCCUGUUUAAUCUCAAUACUCAAAUGCAAUUUGUUGGCCAGCUGCUCGUCACCCAAUGGUACGACGUCCAACAGCUGGCCUUCUUGCACAAUCUUGUCAUGAGUUAUCCAAUGUACAAAGACCUGAAAUGGCCCGAUAUGGAUGCAUUCGUCAAGAUUCAUGGCGAGUCUCAUAUUUUCAUUGGUUCGCGGCCGAAGAACGCCAGUGAAUCGCUGAACAGGCUUGAGUUGGCCACAGGCAUCUCAUCCGCUGCCAAUUUUGCGCGUGAUUCCCGGAGCAAAGCAUGGCAUAAGCCUGAUGGCAAGAAUCCUCGUGUACUAAAGCCCACCACUGCAGUCGCGACCUUGUUUUUCCCCCAGUACGUUAGUGGUCCUGAGGACGAUGCCGGGAUUACAAACAUUGAUAGGAUUUUGGACGAACUUUCACAAAAGUCGAAGCUUGAAUCCUCCAGCAAGGAGCUUCGGAGAGCCGAUCUGGAACUCAUCAUUACCCGAAGGUGGUCUAAAACCCACAGCAUCGACAUACUGCAUCUUCUCGCCUUCCUGAAGACCAAGCUAUUCGAAGAGGAGCCUGUCAUUCUGUACAACUACUUUGGCAUGCACAAACGCUCCGUCGAGUUACUCAGACUGAUCAAAGCCAAAGAGCACCAUAAAUUUGUUCAAUAUUUCACGAAGGAGUACAUGCCUGAUGAGUCCUUCAUUUCAAACAUCGUCAUCCUCAUCCAUCACGUUGCGCGAGGCUCGGCCCAGAAUGCACGUCAGAUGGGUUUUGGAUCUGGCGGAACUAGCUUGGUGAGUCGGAUCGUCAUGAGCGCUGGCGACGUGAUGCGAGAGUACUUGAAGAAAAAUGGAGAUGUGGCAUGCAAAGAGCUGAGAGUGUUCUGCAAGAACAAAACUCCAAUCCAAGAUGAUGUUGCUCGCGAUACGAGCAAAUCGGACGAUCUGGUGUAUUCUUGGCUCAACAUUGGGGACGUUCUGGGUCCCAAGGGUGUGGCCUCGCUCCAAACUGGGAUCCCUAUAGCCUAG